UUGAAGUUAGUUGGUUGGACUGGACGAAUGCAUUGAGCCUUUUGUGUGAUAGAAAAUACCUCUUAGACUUGAAAAGAAAAUUUUUUAAGAUGGUGGCGAGACUUACAAUGUUCUAUGGUGCAGAAUGUUGGCCUUUAAAAGAGAAGAAAAAAACUAACUUAAGUGUUGCUGAGAUGAGAAUGCUUAGGUGGAUGAGUGGCUCGACACUUUAGAGUAAAAUGUGAUGAAUGUAUUUGUGAAAGGGUUGGUGUAGCUCCAAUGACAGACAUGAUUAGAGAGAGUUGUCUUAGAUGGUUUGGUCACAUUAAAUGUUGACUAUCUGAUGAUCUAAUGGGGAGAGCAGAUGUUUUAUAUUUGACUUAUGCUACGAAAGGUAGAUGCAGACCUAAAAGGACUUGGGUUUAUGUUAUUAGAUGUAAAUGAAAAUACGACUCUCAAUAGGAUACAAUGGAGAAAAAGAAUUGAUGUAGCCGACCCACUUUGUGUGAUAAAACUUGUUGUUGUAUAUCAUUAGUUUAUUAACAAAUAUCAGAAUACACCCACUAUAAUGUGGUACACCUUGAUUUUCAUUGAAUUUUACUUGAACCUUUUUCUCUUCUUUAAAGAGACAUUUAACCGCUGUUCAAACUAAUUCCUUCCUAGAAUAUCAAUAUUAAGUCCUCUAGAAGUAUUUUGAUCAAAUACAAUUAAUUUUACUCAUUACAUUAUAUUCAGAAUGACUUGGGCAUGUUUGUUUAACUUUUUUUAAUUAACAUUGCAGGUGGACAAAUGGAGUAUCAUAAGUUAUCCAACCAUAUUUCUCAUGCACGCGAAUUUCCAUCUCCAAGUCCAAGUUUUUAUGAAACUCCUUUGCCUAGAUCUCAGAGUGGUUCAUGGAGAAGUCCAGUUCAAUAUCCUAGCCCUACAUCAGGAAACUCAGGAACUCAUAAUUUCUCCAGGCCUUGGAAUAUGUCUGGAAAUUCUUCAGGGCACAGUUAUUACUCCAAUUCGUCACAAGGUGCUCUAUCAAGCUUCAGGCUUGGAGAAAGUUCAAUGAGUAGUGCCUACUCUGAUGUGAGGGGCAGUCCCCAUUCUCACUCAAGUGGCAGAGGCUGGCAGUACAGGGGUGGUAGCCCUAGUCCAGGCUGGAGUGGUGGAAGGGGUAGAGGAGGAUUUCAUAAUAAGGGUUAUGGUUUAGGAAGGCAAUUGGAUAGCUUUUAUGUUAAAUCAAUGGUUAAGGACCCCUGGCGUAAGCUGAAGCCUGUUAUUGGCAAUAUUCUUGUGCCCCUUUCAGGACCACAGUCUUGGCUUCCAAAAUCAAUAACAACAAAGAAAGUCAAAGUUGCUGAGAAUGCUAUUGAUAUCAAACCUAAGCAGAACCUCGCAGAGUUCCUUGCAGUGGCUUUUGAAGAGACUAUUAGUAAUGAGCAGGAAGGAGAGGGAUCGAUAGUGCCAUAUACAAAUGACCAAUCUGGUCGUGCAGGUUAAUGAGCGUGGUUAAGAUAUAGUCAAUCCACUUCCAUGUUCUCCAUACUUGCAGAAUGGAAAACCAUCCUACUUACUCUUUAGGGCCUUUCUAUGGAAAGGCAUUGUGGGAUAUAUUGAAACUGACUGUAGCGUUGUUGAUUUUUAAUUCUGUUUAUAGUAAUGUUGCUUUAGAACAGCUAGUUCUUAACAUUUUGAAAGUUCAUUGAUAUAUUUUAAAAUAAAUGCCGUUUCUAUUUAUCUUUCUUCAAGGCUAAGAGACGCUAGAAUUCUAUUAAGGAAUGUAGGUUUGAAGAUUUUGUAUGAAAUGUGUAUGUCGUGGUUUCUCGUCUUGUGAGCUG